AUGGCGGACACAGACCUGUUCAUGGAAUGUGAGGAGGAGGAGCUGGAGCCAUGGCAGAAGAUCAGUGAUGUGAUUGAAGAUUCUGUUGUUGAGGAUUAUAAUUCGGUUGAUAAGACUGCCACUGCUGGCAACCCCCUGGUGCAGCAGAGUGGGCAGCCACUCAUCCUCACCCAGAACCCAACCUCAGGGCUGGGCACCAUGGUGACCCAGCCCGUGCUACGACCUGUCCAGAUCAUGCAGAAUGCCAACCACGUCACCAGCUCCCCCGUGACCAGCCAGCCCAUCUUCAUCACCACCCAGGGGUUUCCCGUGAGGAACGUGCGGCCUGUGCAGAACACGAUGAACCAAGUUGGGAUUGUUCUGAACGUGCAGCAGGGUCAGACAGUCAGACCCAUCACCCUCGUCCCAGCCCCAGGGACCCAGUUUGUGAAGCCAACCGUUGGCGUCCCCCAGGUGUUCUCCCAAGUGGCCCAGGUGAGACCAGGUACCACCAUGCCGGUCCGUCCCACCACCAACACUUUCACCACGGUCAUUCCGGCCACGCUCACCAUCAGGAGCACGGUACCACAGUCCCAAGCACAACAGCAAAGUAAGUCCACUCCCAGCACCUCCACAACUCCUACUGCAACGCAGCCAACACCACUGGGACAGUUAACUGUGCAGCAGCCAGGGCAGUCCAGUCCAGCCACUAACCCCAAAUUAGUGAGCAUCGCCAGCUUUGUGACCGUCAAGAGACCCGGCGUGACGGGCGAGAACAGCAACGAGGUGGCCAAGCUGGUGAACACCCUGAGCACCGUCCCCUCGCUGGGGCAGAGCCCUGGCCCCCUGGUGGUGUCCAACAGCAGCCCUGUCCACGGCUCCCAGAGGUCCAGCGUCUCGGAGUCAUCCUCAUCCUCUUCCUCCCUGAAAGUCAGCUCAUCCCCAGUCCCCACCUUUGAUCUGCAAGACGGGGGUCGCAAGGUCUGCCCAAGAUGUGAUGCUCAGUUUCGAGUCACUGAAGCUUUAAGAGGACACAUGUGUUACUGCUGCCCUGAAAUGGUUGAAUUCCUCAAGAAGAGAAAAUCUCUAGAGCCUGAACCAAAUACUCAAUCUGCAAAGCCUCCAUCUCCAGAAAAAACUACAGCUGUGGCUUCACCACCCUCCUCUACUCCCAUCCCUGCGCUGUCCCCACCUGCUAAAGCUCCAGAGCCAAGUGAAAACGUAGUUGACUCAUCCCAAAGUAAGCUCAUAAUGUUAGUAGAUGAUUUCUACUAUGGCAGAGAUGGUGGCAAAGUGAGCCAGCUGCUGAACUUCCCCAAGGUUCCAACCUCCUUCAGGUGUCCACACUGCAGCAAGAGGCUAAAGAACAACAUACGGUUCAUGAAUCACAUGAAGCACCACGUUGAGCUGGACCAGCAGAACGGGGAGGUGGAUGUCCACACCAUCUGCCAGCACUGCUACCGACAGUUCUCCACCCCCUUCCAGCUGCAGUGUCACCUGGAGAAUGUCCACAGCCCCUACGAGUCUACCACCAAGUGCAAGAUCUGUGAGUGGGCGUUUGAGAGUGAGCCCAUGUUCCUGCAGCACAUGAAGGACACGCACAAGCCUGGGGAGAUGCCCUAUGUUUGCCAGGUCUGCCAGUACCGCUCGUCCCUGUACUCGGAGGUGGACACUCACUUCCGCAUGAUCCACGAGGACACGCGUCACCUGCUCUGUCCCUACUGCCUCAAGGUCUUCAAGAAUGGCAACGCCUUCCAGCAGCACUUCAUGAGGCACCAGAAGAAGAGUGUUUAUCAUUGCAACAAGUGCAGGCUCCAGUUCCUGUUUGCCAAGGACAAAAUUGAGCACAAGCUGCAGCACCACAAAACUUUCCGGAAGCCCAAACAAUUAGAAGGAUUGAAACCUGGAACCAAGGUUACAAUCAGGGCAUCCAGAGGACAGCCACGGACAGUGCCCCUCUCCUCCAAUGACAUGUCCCAGGGCUCUGGACAGGACAACCCCCUGUCAUCUGCCACCGACCCCCAGCCCAUCUUCCUGUACCCGCCGGUCCAGAGGAGCGUCCAGAAGAGAUCGGUCAAGAAAAUGAGUGUCCUGGGCAGGCAGACAUGCCUGGAGUGCAGCUUCGAGAUCCCCGACUUCCCCAACCACUUCCCCACCUACGUGCACUGUUCCCUGUGUCGUUACAGCACCUGCUGCUCCAGAGCUUAUGCCAACCACAUGAUCAACAACCACGUUCCUCGGAAGAGUCCAAAAUACUUGGCUUUGUUUAAGAACUACACUGCCUGUGGUGUCAAGCUGUGCUGUUCCUCCUGUCUCUUCAUAACGUCUGAGGGUGAUGCCAUGGCCAAACAUCUGGUCUUCAAUCCCUCACACGAGUUCAGUAACGUUAUUGGCCGAGGCCCUACUUGGAUAUCCCACACCAGGCACAUUCAACCCCAGGACAAGAGCAUGAAGGAUCCCUGCCCGACCUCCUCCCCAACUAAAGCUGCUACUGUGAAAACGAGGCCUGUGCCCCCCGGGCAGGAGGACCUGGAGCCCGAGCAGGCGCCGGCGGCCCCGCCGUGCCAGGAGGGGGAGGAGGAGGAGGGGGGGGAUUGCCUGUCGGGGGGGAAGUCCCGGGGCCGGGAGGCCGAGGAGAAGCUGGCGGAGUGGGUGCUGACACAGCGGGAGCAGCAGCUGCCCGUCAACGAGGAGACGCUGUUCCAAAAGGCCACCAAGAUCGGGCGGUCGCUGGAGGGCGGGUUCAAGAUCUCGUACGAGUGGGCGGUGAGGUUCAUGCUGCGGCACCACCUCAGCACCCACACGCGCCGGGCCGUGGCUCAUCCCCUCCCCAAGGACGUGGAGGACAACGCCAGCUGCUUCAUCGAGUUCGUGCAGCGGCAGAUCCACACCCAGGACCUGCCCCUCUCCAUGAUCGCAGCCAUCGACGAGAUCUCCCUCUUCCUGGACGUGGAGGUGCUGGGCAGCGACGACCGGAAGGAGAACGCUCUGCAGACGGUGGGGAACGGGGAGCCGUGGUGCGACGUGGUCCUCACCAUCCUGGCCGACGGGAGCGUCCUCCCCACCCUGGUCUUCUACAGGGGCCACGUCCAGCAACCCGCCAACGUGCCCGAGUCCAUCAUGUUGGAAGCCAAGGAGAACGGGUACAGCGACGACGAGGUGAUGGAGCUGUGGGCAUCCCGGGUGUGGCAGAAGCACACGGAGUGCCAGAACAGCAAGGGGAUGCUGGUGCUGGACUGCCACCGCACGCACCUCUCGGAGGAAGUACUGUCCCUGCUGAGCACCUCCAGCACCCUGCCCGCCGUCGUCCCCGCGGGCUGCAGCUCCAAAAUCCAACCCCUCGAUGUUUGCAUCAAAAGGACUGUGAAAAAUUUCUUGCAUAAAAAGUGGAAAGAGCAAGCCAAGGAGAUGGCGGACUCGACGUGCGACUCGGACAUCCUCCUGCAGCUGGUGCUGUGCUGGCUGGCAGAGGUGCUGGAGGUGAUCAGUGACUCCCCCGAGCUGGUGCAGCAGUCCUUCCUGGUGGCCAGCGUGCUGCCCGGCCCGGACGGCACCGCCAACUCCCCCACCCGCAACGCUGACAUGCAGGAGGAGCUGAUCACCUCGCUGGAGGAGCAGCUGAAGCUGAGUGAGGAGCAGCAGCAGCAGCAGGAGGAGGUGGCCGAGGUCCAGGACCCGACCCAGGCCGAGGAAUCGGCCGAGGCCGAGAUCCUGCAGCAGCUCUUCGAGGGGGAAAGUGAGACUGAGUCCUUCUAUGGCUUUGAAGAGGCUGAUUUGGAGCUGAUGGAAAUCUGA